AUGCUCAGGCCCACCUUAGUUGCAUUGUCCGUUGGCACCAUGAAGAUCUCCAAGAAAGACUGCGCCGAAAGAUUUGCGUCUAAGGAACACAACGUCUACGGGGCUGACAUCAGAGACCAUUGGGACAUCUUGAAGGAAGUUCUCAGAACAAUUGUCGAGCAAAGCACAACCAAAACCAAGUGUUAUGUGAGCAAGGAAUUUGUGGACAAAUACAUGCGAAUGACAGCCGACAACACCACAGUGAAGGAAACCAAGGACAAACUCCAUUACUUAACCCCUCAGCAAUGGCAUCAAUUCUUUCAAAGUUGUCUUGGCGGAGCCGUCGAUAGUCUUCGACAUGGGAAGAACCAGGGAUCUCGCAAGCGAAGUCGAUCCCAAGACAGCUCGAGUAGCAAAGACGGUGAAAGAACGCCACACCAGAGUAAAAAAUCACGAAACCAAAGCCGGUCUAGAGACACCGACGCUAUAAACAGCAUCAAGACCGCCUUCUUGACAAUGGUCGAGAAUAGCAAAGACUAUAUCGGAAUUAAGAUCCCUCUCGAUGCAGAGAUCUUCUGCCAGCUACCUGAUCAUCCGGACAAAUUGGCCUCACUUAGUGUGUAUUUACUAAUAGCAUCCCAACAAGAUCCAAAAUUCCUGAAUAGUCGGCAACUGGACUAUGGCCGUCUAGAAAAGCAGUUCCUGGCCCGCUACCCAACAAAUGAUUCUGGGAUGGAGAUAAGCUAUACCAGCCAUCAGAUCAAGCAUCUGGUCUUCGACAGUAUCACACUCCAAUCCGCAGUGGAGAAGAUGAUUAUGUCAAGCGAUGAAUUCUCACUCGAAACCAUGACGUGGACUCCCACCAAAAGGCCGCUACUGCGCUUUGAUGUCCAGUUAUUUUCUGAAGAUGAGGAUGGGGUGGUUACAGGUUAUUUUCAAUCAUCCUUCAUUGAUUCCAUUCCCUCACUGACAUGA